UUGGUAAGAGAUUCCUUCUUCUGAGUUGUGAGCACGUUUUUAAAAGUCGUAGCAAUCAAUAUUGAAGUUGUAGAGAGAAAUUUAUUUAUUGCUAUGGACGUUGUUAAUUCAAUAUUAGAAAGUGAAGAUGCGCAAUUGGAUUCUAAAAAAUCAACAAAAGUUCAUAAAGAUAUUGAACCAGAAAUCGAUUUGGGAACACUCCUCUUAUCCGAUUCUAAUGCUUUAGAUACUAAAGAAUUAAGGUCAAAUCCAAAUACUUAUUUACAGCAGUUAACAAGAGACAAUGUUCAGCUAUUAAUUAAUAAUAUAUGGAGCCUUCCUACUGAACGUGUAGAAGAAGCAAUAGUUGCCCAAUUGCCAGCGCCUCAAUAUAUACUUCCAAGAACUCGUGUAAUUCCAAAAUCUAAACCUUUAACAAAAUGGCAACAAUUUGCUAAAGAAAAGGGAAUAAGAACCAACAAAAAAAAUAGGACAAAAUUGAAAUGGGAUGAAGAAUUACAGAAAUGGAUGCCACGGUAUGGUUAUCAACGAUCUAAAGCAAUGGAGCAAAAAGAAUGGGUCGUCGAAGUGGGAAAAGAUAAUAAUCCAAAGGAAGAUCCAUUUACUGCCAUGAGUGCUAGUAAACGUGAAAGGCAAUCUAAAAAUGAAUUGCAACGAUUGCGCAAUAUAGCUAAAUCCAAAAACAUUAAACUACCACGAGUAGGUCUUCCUACUGUGGAACAUUUCCCCAAGCCAAGCCAGCUUUCUACAGCGGUAACGGUAGCUCAUAAAUCAACAGCAUCUUUAGGGAAAUUUCAAGAAAGAUUACCGAAAGAAAAAGAUGCAAAAGGAAUUUUAACAAAAUUGCCAAGUUUGAAGAGAAAGGCUAAAGAAAUUCCAUUAAAUCUAAAAGAAGAAAAUGAAAAAAAUAAGAAUUUAAUAAACACAAUUCUUAGUAAUAAGAGUAACAUUUUAAAUAUAGAUUCAGCUUCAUCGUCUACAGCAAAAAGGAAGAAAGUAACGACUAAAACACACAAAGGUUCAAAGAAACCAAAAGGUGGCAAAGGCAAAAGAGAUAUGCAUAUGAAAGUAGGUGGUAGAAAACGCAGAUAAACAAAAUAAAACGAUAAAAUUUAACAAUAAA